AAAGAUUCAAACUAACCUUUCAAAUAAGCCACAGUAUUUCGCAGAAGAAGCAACUAAUGAUUAACGUUAACGAGUGAUUUAUACGGAAUAAUAAGUUAGUUUCUUGUAUAUUUAAAGUGAUCGAUCAUAAAUAUUGUCUACGUCGUCAUGGAGCCCCAAGAUAUUUAUUACAAUAUAGCUGAAUACGUCGAGACGGCUUCGGGAAAUAAAGUGAGUAGACAGACUGUUCUUUGUGGAUCGCAGAAUAUAGUACUACAUGGAAAGGUAAUAGUACAAUCAGAUGCUAUAAUCAGAGGGGAUUUAGCAAAUGUAAAGGUUGGUCGAUACUGUAUUAUUAGCAAGAAUGCUGUAAUACGACCACCUUUUAAAAAAUUUAGUAGGGGAGUUGCCUUCUUUCCGUUAACUAUGGGUGAUCAUGUAUUUGUGGGAGAAAGGGCUGUUGUCAAUGCUGCACUUGUCGGUUCAUAUGUAUACAUUGGAAAAAAUGCAGUAAUAGGGAGACGGUCGAUAUUAAAGGAUUGUUGUUACAUUGAAGAUGGCGCGGUAGUACCGCCAGAAACAAUAGUUCCAUCUUUUACUAGAUUUUCUGGAAGUCCUGCUGUAUGUAUAGAGGACUUACCCGAAUGUACUCUUGAUCUUAUGUUAGAUUUUACAAAAAAUUAUUAUCAACAUUUUUUACCUGCACGAAUGUAAUAUAUAAAAAUGUAUAUAUGUUAAUUUUGUAUUUAUAUUAUUUUAUAUUUCUUUUUUAUAAUAUAAUUAUUUAUAUCGCUAUAGAGUUAGAGCACUAAUUACCAAAUAAUAAUGAAUUCAAGGGAAAAUAUAGGCAAUAAUUUUUCAAUUAGUAAGGAUUUCACUGUCGUUGUCAAUUGCCUCCAUAUCUUCCGUAAUAUCUUUCAUUUUCGAUUUUUGUCUGCAAAUAAUUAAAUUUAAGUCGUUAAAUCUAAAUUACUUUACAAAUUACAAUGUAUAUAAAUAUUACAUUCUAUGCCACAGUAAUUCCAUGAUUAGUACAAAAAAAGUGAGAAUUAUGCCAUAUCCCAUUGUCACCAAUGCAAAGUGGCUUUCAGUAAAUCCUAUGCUGAUGAAACUCAUGUGACCAUCGCAUUUGGGUUUUCUUGUAUAUAAACGUCUUUCUUCUCGAAAUUUUAAACCACUUUCUUGUAUUAUUAAAGCACUAAAAAAGGUCAUAUAUUUUAA